AGACGAUCAAGAACUUUUGCAUUGGCAUUGACGUUACUUAAAACUAGUUCAGUGCUUUUUCAUUUGGCCGUCGUGGAAACAUCGCAUCCAUUUUCCGCAUAUUUUCUAUGUAGUUUGUUUCGGUACGUUUCCCAACAAUUAGCGUAAAUUUCGGAGAUAUUUCAGCGUGUUCUGUGAAUUAACAGGAAGGGAACCGACGUAAAUCUACAAGAAGUUUGCGAAAAAGGAACACCAGAAAAUAUCAUGAAUAUCAUCAAACAGCAUAGAAUUGUUCGGGGCAUGGUCUCUUAUGCUCUACUUUGGCCUGUAGGUAAUAUCGUUGAACAAACACUGGUCGAACGAAAAAGCUUCUCAACUAUAGACUGGAUGAGAUGUCUCAAAUUUGGCCUGUUUGGUGGUUUUUUCGUUGGUCCAACGCUCUACUUAUGGAUGCGACUAGCUGGAGUUAUGUGGCCCAAAAUCGAUGUCAAAUCUUCCCUGUGCAAAGCGGUAACCGAGCAAGUAUCUUACGAUCCAAUGUUGAUAACAACGUUUUUGUUUGGAAUGAGCAUAUUCGAAGGGAAAAGUUAUGAAGAUUCACGAGCAGAGGUACGUGCAAAGUUUUUGGAAACGUAUAGAGUCGGCAUGGUGUUUUGGCCUAUCGUACAGACAGUGAAUUUUACUUUUAUUCCGGCAAAGAAUCAAGUUAUCUUUACAUCUUUCUUCAGUAUGCUAUGGAGUGCCUUUUUAGCAUAUAUGAAGCACUUACAACAAGAAACUUCUCAUGAAGAUCAUAUGUUAGAAAUACAUUUAUUCAGUUAUUGACGAUAUUUGUAUUUUAUUGUUAAUAACUACGUUUAUUUUUGUUAAUUUAAACAUUUUUAUUAGGAUUUUAUAAAAUAAAAUAGUACAAAUGAAAUAAAAAGUAGUUAAGAAAUACAUCAAAAAGAUUAUAUAUUAUUUUCCAAAGAAUGUUUAAUUUAAUGUCUGAACUUAAACAUUUGAAUUAGUGACCUAUAU